AUGUAUUGGGAUGUAGAAUUUUCAUAAAUGUAUUUUUAGAACAAAUACAAAACUUGUAGCACAUUUACAAUUUAAAAUUCAUAGCUUGGUGGCCACUUAAGCUAAUCCUUAGUGUUAUCGAUCAGUGGUGUCUAGGGUUCGACUCCAACCACCGUCACUUUAAUUGUUAAUUUGUUUUCCCUCUUUUUUCUUCUUUUAAUUUCCGUUCUUCUUCUUCUUCUUCUUCUUCGUACCAUAAUCAACCUGGUUUGCUUCUUCCUCGUCGAUUUAUAUAUUAAUAUAUAUACAGUGAGCAAAACCCCUACUAAAACCAUUACAACUGAGCUCCCAUUUCUGCUACUAAUCAUGGCGAUGACGACGAGUAAAGACCAAGCUCAGAACGUAGCCUUCACUAAACAACCCUUCAUCGAAGAUGUUGGUCCACGUAAAAUAAAAGGAAUGCAUUUCACCGUACAAUCGGCUGCUGAGAUUGCCAAAAUGGCUGAGGUUCAAGUGUGGAAAGGUCAGUAUUAUGAUCCCACUCGGAAACCUUAUGCUGAUGGCUUAUUGGAUCCUCGCAUGGGCGCUGCAAAUAAGUUUUCUGAAUGUGCAACAUGCCAUGGGCGCUUUUCGGAUUGUCCUGGCCACUAUGGAUACUUCAAGCUUCCUCUACCUGUAUACAAUGUUGGAUAUUUGAGCACCAUAUUGGACAUUUUGAAGUGCAUAUGUAAGACUUGUUCUCGUAUUCUUCUGGAUGAUAAAUUACGCUUAGACUUUUUGAAGAAGAUGAGAAGUACUAAGAUAGAGCCAUUGAAGAAGACUGAAUUGAUGAAAAAGAUAGUGAAGAAGUGUAACAGUAGAGCAGCAAAGUGCCCCAAAUGUGGAAGUCUUAAUGGAUCUGUGAAGAAAGUUGUGUCUACACUGGGCCUUCUUCAUGAUCGUUCAAAACUAAAUGACGGUUUAGAAGAGUGCAGAUCUGCAAUUGCACACACAAAAGAGUCCAAGGGAUCCAUUAAUAUCCAAAGUCAUAUUCUUAAUCCAGCCACAGUUCUACACCUUUUUAAAAGGAUGCUUGAUGAGGACUGUGAGUUGCUUUAUCUUUCUGGUAGACCCGAGAAUCUUAUCUUGACAAACAUCGCUGUGCCACCUAUAGCUAUUCGACCAUCUGUUAUUAUGGAUGGAUCGCAGAGCAAUGAAAAUGACCUAACUGAGAGGUUGAAACAAAUUAUUCAAGUCAGUGCUAGUAUUCGAAAGGAAACAUCAGAACCAAGUACCGCAGCUAGAUAUCUGGAAAAUUGGGACCUUCUUCAAGUUGAAGUUGCACAGUAUAUAAAUAGUGAUGUUCGUGCUGGUCCUGCUGCCAUGUAUCAACCUCAAAAGACUCUAGCUGGUUUGAUUCAGCGUCUCAAGGGGAAGCAGGGACGUUUUCGUGGGAAUUUAUCUGGAAAACGUGUUGAAUAUACUGGUCGAACUGUUAUAUCUCCCGAUCCUAAUCUAAAAAUUACUGAGGUUGCGAUUCCUAUACGAAUGGCUCGGAUUUUGACUUACCCUGAACGUGUUUCCCAUCAUAAUAUAGAGAAGUUGAGGCAAUGUGUCAGUAAUGGCCCUGAUAAAUAUCCUGGUGCAAGGAUGCUCAGGCGUGCUGAUGGUUCUACAUGGUCUAUCAAGGUUUCCAGAAAGCGUUUGGCAGAUGAGUUGAAGUAUGGUGAUAUAGUUGAGCGUCACUUAGAGGAUGGGGACAUUGUUCUGUUCAACAGACAACCUAGUUUGCAUCGAAUGUCUAUCAUGAGUCAUAGGGCAAGGAUUAUGCCUUGGAGAACAUUGAGGUUUAAUGAGUCUGUUUGCAAUCCAUACAAUGCUGAUUUUGAUGGUGAUGAAAUGAAUAUGCAUGUCCCACAAACAGAGGAAGCUCGAACAGAGGCAAUUUUGUUGAUGGGGGUGCAGAACAAUCUAUGUACCCCGAAAAAUGGAGAGAUUUUGGUUGCAUCUACCCAAGAUUUUCUAACAACAUCGUUUUUGGUUACUCGAAAGGAUACAUUUUAUGACCGUGCAGCUUUUUGUUUGAUGUGUUCAUACAUGGGGGAUGGCAUGGAACAUAUUGAUUUGCCAACACCUGCUGUUAUUAAGCCAGUAGAGCUUUGGACUGGAAAACAAUUAUUUAGUGUCCUAGUGCGACCCAAUGCAAAUGUGAGAGUCUAUUUGAAUCUUACUGUCCGAGAGAAAAACUACACCAAACUACAAGUAAAUGGAAGAGAAAUUGAAGCAAUGUGUCCAAGUGAUGGGUUUGUCUGUUUCUAUAAUAGUGAACUGAUAUCUGGGCAACUUGGGAAAGCAACUUUGGGAAAUGGUAACAAGGAUGGACUUUACUCAGUUCUUUUGAGAGACUACAAAGCUCAUGCUGCUGCUGCUUGCAUGAAUCGCCUAGCUAAAUUGAGUGCUCGAUGGAUUGGUAAUCAUGGAUUUUCAAUUGGGAUUGAUGAUGUCCAACCGAGUAAAAAUUUGCAUGCUCAGAAAGAACAGAUAAUCAAUGAAGGCGCUAACACAUGUGAUGAGAAAAUAAAGUUGUUUAAUGAGGGGAAUUUACCACCUGAACCUGGUUGUGAUGCUGCUCAAUCACUGGAGGCAAGGAUAAGUCAGAUAUUAAAUGGUAUUCGAGAUGCAACUGGGAAGCUGUGCAUGAAAGAGCUUCAUUGGAGAAAUAGUCCUUUGAUCAUGUCUCAGUGUGGUUCCAAAGGAUCUCCUAUUAAUAUCAGUCAGAUGGUUGCGUGUGUUGGUCAGCAAUCGGUUGGUGGUAAACGUGCACCUAAUGGAUUCAUAGAUCGAAGUCUACCUCACUUCCCCAGAAAAGAUAAAACCCCUGCAGCUAAAGGCUUUGUUGGCCAUUCCUUCUAUGAUGGCUUAUCAGCUACAGAGUUUUUUUUCCACACUAUGGGAGGGCGAGAAGGUCUUGUUGAUACAGCAGUCAAAACAGCUGACACUGGAUACAUGUCUCGUAGAUUGAUAAAAGCUUUGGAGGACUUAUUUAUCCAUUAUGAUAACACUGUAAGGAAUGCAAGUGGAGGUAUAGUUCAGUUCUGCUAUGGGGAUGAUGGCAUGGAUCCUGCACAUAUGGAAGGAAAAGAUGGAGCGCCUUUAAAUUUUGAACGGUUGUUUUUCAAAGCAAAGGCCACUUCUCCUGCUAGAGGAAAUGAAAAGCUGUCUCCUGAAAAAGUUUCUGAAAUAGUUGAAACCAGGCUUUCAAAACAUGACUUGACACCAGAGGGAGGUUGCUCAGCCGCUUUCAAAACUUCUCUGCAGUCUUUUCUAGAUGAAUAUGUAAAAGCAUUGAAUAGAACACAAGAAAAUUUUGAAUCGAAAGAAGAUCAUUCUGGGAAGGAAAAUUCAACCACUGCAGAAUAUAUUGUCAAACAUAUAUCUGGAGUUACUGCUAAACAGUUAGAGGUGUUUUUGGAUACUUGUAUCUCCCGCUAUCAUUCGAAAAAGAUUGAAGCUGGAACUGCAAUUGGAGCAAUUGGAGCUCAAAGUAUUGGAGAACCCGGGACUCAGAUGACACUGAAAACUUUUCACUUUGCUGGGGUUGCUAGCAUGAAUGUUACGCUUGGAGUUCCUCGUAUCAAAGAAAUCAUUAACGGUGCCAAAAGGAUUAGUACUCCCAUUAUCACUGCAGCACUAGAGUGUGACGAUAAUGUAAAUGCAGCAAGGAUAGUAAGAGGUCGGAUGGAGAAAAUUAGUUUGGGCCAGAUUGCAAAGAGUAUAAAGGUUGUGAUAACUUCAAGAUCAGCAUCUGUAACGGUCACACUUGACAUGGAAACGAUUAAGGAUGCAAUGUUGUCUAUAGAUGCUUACUUAGUUCAAGAUUCAAUAUUACGAACUCCAAGAAUCAAAUUGAAGCAAGAGCAUAUUAGGGUUCCAGAUCCUAGGAAAUUAGAAAUCACUCCUUAUGAGGCAGAUAGAAGCAAACUUCAUUUUCAUCUCCACCAUCUUAAGACGAUGCUUCCGAAUAUUAUAAUAAAGGGAAUAAAAACUGUAGAACGUGCUGUCAUUAGCAAAGAAGAUGAUAAAAAAACGCAGACGAGCAAAUACAAAUUGUUGGUAGAGGGAACGGGUCUUUUACAAGUUAUGGGCACCGAAGGAGUAGAUGGGAUUAACACCAAAAGUAAUCACAUCAUUGAAGUGCAGCAGACACUUGGAAUAGAAGCGGCAAGAACCUGUAUCAUCGACGAGAUAGAGUAUACAAUGAAAAGUCACGGAAUGAGCAUAGAUACUCGGCAUAUGAUGCUUUUAGCAGAUGUGAUGACUUCCAGGGGUGAAGUCCUUGGAAUCACUAGGUUCGGGAUUCAAAAAAUGGGAAAGAGUGUACUCAUGCUUGCUUCGUUUGAGAAAACAUCAGAUCACUUGUUCAAUGCUUCAGUAAACGGAAGAGAAGACAUGAUCGAAGGCGUAAGUGAAUGCAUAAUCAUGGGUAUACCAAUGCAGCUUGGCACUGGAAUGAUCAAAGUUAGACAAAGAGUUGAGGUACCUCCACUUCUAUCAUAUGGGCCAACUCCAAUUUUAUGUGAAAGUAAAUGAGUUCAACACUAUCAAAAUUCCAUGUUGGGAGCUUCAACUUCAAGUGAUAUCUUGUUAUUUUUCUACUAAUUCUUUGGUCAUUCUUUUCAAGAUAUAGAUAUUUGGUGUGUGUAUAUAUAAUUAAAAAAAAAUAAGUUAUAAGAGUAUUUCAUGUAAGUCCAUGUUUACAUGAGAAAAAAAGAGUUCAUUAAUUUGACUGUAACACAAUCAAUUUUGUCUUGACAUGAAUUUGGCUUUGGCUGUAAGACUUGUUUAUAUGAAUAUGAUUCAUUCAUUCAUAAAUAGAAAGCAGAGUAAUUUCAAUAACA